AAUACAGAGGUGCAAACGUUACAAAAUUAAAACAAAUUUACAGAAGCCCCACUGCUCAGCGCUCAUCAGUCGGAGAAACCCUAGUAAUCACCCAAACAAUGGCUUCAUCGUCAAGCAGCAAUCUCACAUUCAAGCUCCAUCCCCUGGUUAUCGUCAACAUAUCAGAUCACUUCACUCGCGUCAGGUCCCAAUCUCUCGGGCCUUCUACUCAAUCCAACGGCGAUACGACGUCGCCUCCGCCUAGGGUUUUUGGUUGUGUGAUCGGUGUUCAGAGAGGCCGAACCGUUGAGAUUUUCAACAGCUUCGAGCUUCUUUUCGAUGAAUCUACUCAGUCUCUCGAUCGCGCCUUCCUUUUGAAGAAGCAAGAGCUCUAUAAGAAAGUGUUCCCUAACUUCUAUAUACUCGGAUGGUAUUCAACUGGGAGUGAUGCGCAGGAAUCAGAUAUGAUUAUUCACAAAUCUUUGAUGGAUAUUAAUGAGAGCCCUGUAUUCGUACUGUUGAAUCCUUCAAUCAACCAUGCACAGAAAGAUCUCCCUGUAACUAUAUUUGAAAGUGAGCUGCAUAUCAUAGACGCAAUUCCACAACUCAUUUUCGUUCGUUCAAGCUACAGCAUUGAGACAGUAGAAGCAGAACGCAUUUCGGUGGACCAUGUUGCACAUCUUAAACCUUCUGAUGGUGGUUCAGCUGCUACUCAGUUGGCGGCCCACCUUACAGGCAUACACAGCGCCAUUAAGAUGCUGAAUAGCCGUAUCAGAGUUCUUCAUCACUAUCUUCUUGCUAUGGAAAAAGGUGAGAUGCCUUGUGAGAAUUCGUUGCUAAGACAAGUUUCUAGUCUCUUAAGGAGAUUGCCGGCAGUUGAGUCGCUGAAAUUUCAAGAUGAUUUCUUGAUGGAUUACAAUGAUACACUGUUGGUUAGUUACCUGGCCAUGUUCACCAAUUGCUCAAGUACUAUGAAUGAGCUGGUUGACAAAUUCAACACUGCCUAUGACCGACACAGUCGAAGGGGAGGAAGAUCUGCAUUUAUAUAGAAGCUGCAAAUGAAAAGCUUUACCCUAUGCACCCUACUCUUUUUGACCGAGUUCUCCUUUACAGGCCAUAUUCUUAGGAUUUUAUGUUCAUGUGCUUUGAGUCUGGCAAGCAGAUAUGGUCUUUGCUCCCUUUCUUGUGCAGGGAACUAUUGCUUUUUUCCCCAUCUGAUCAAAUCUUUUAGGCUAAACAUGCAACAGACAAUGUUGGGUUUGCUCGUCCUAAAUCAUUUUCUAUUAAACUUUAGUACAUAUACAAGUUAGUAGGUUGAACAUUAAAAAAGCUAUGACUUACUGGACAUGUAAUUUUUGACUACUUUAUUCUAAUUUAUUUGCCCUAUUAUCAGAUCAAAA